GGGCAUUACGUUAACAUUUGCGUCCAAAGCAACAAUACAGCGAAUUUAUAGAAAUCAUGUUCUAAAUCGAAUACUCGAAUAAUUUAUUAACUAACGGUAAAAAUGUCAAAUUUAUGGCACAGCUGUGUGCUAAAGUUUUUCAAAUAUGCGCCCAGCUAUGUGGUUUGCUUAUGUUUUAUGCCCUGUGGUCUGAUCUUUGGCUAUACGAUCAGCAGCUUUAUAGCCGAACGCAAUCUGCGCACCGAACUGAUCGACUAUGGCCCCUUGAUCCUGGGCGCCUGCUUGGCCUUGCUGGUGGCGCUUUGUAUGCUGGCGCUUAAGUAUCUCAAGCGUUGCAUUAUCUAUUGGCAGCCGUAUCUAUUGAUGGGCGUGGGCGUGUUUCAUUUACUUGCCAGCUGCUUUUACUUUGCCGAUGGAUUUGAUCAUGUCGGCGCCUAUUUGUCGUAUGUGGCACAUAGCGUGACUUUUGUGGCCGGCUACAGUUUUCUGCUGACCAUGAGCUCCAAGAGCAGCCGCUCGCUGCUGAUGUCCGGCUGCUGUGCCAGCUAUCUGCUGGGCAUGGCCGCCGCCGUGAGCUUGAUAGGCGGCUCGUAUGUUAAGAAUCUGGACAAGUAUGCGGGACAGCAGACGACGCCGACGACGGAGCAGCUGAUCGAUGGCAUUUAUGUGAAUUUUGCAGCCACCUAUUUGAGCAUAGCCGUUGUGGUGCUGGCAGUGCUGGUGGGACUGAAGGUGCUGCAUGUGCUGGGCACAGUGGAUAUGAGCAAUAGUUUGGACAAUGAUCUGCGCAUAGCGAAUGCCAAUGGCAGCAUAUUCGAGUCCAGGCAGGAGGUAAUCAAGCGGCUGCAGUUCUUCUAUGUGACGCGCAAUACGCAGUGGCAUGUGACGCUCUUGUUGCUCUUUGUGGAGGCAGUGCAGCAUGCGCUGUUCAUUUAUCUGGUGUUCUGGUUUGCGUUGAACGAGUCCAUGCGGCUGGAUGACUUGGCGCAUGUGGAUGCCAUGUGCUGGGUCAUUUGCGCCGGCAGCAUUUUGACUUUGUUGUUUGCAUAUUUCUGCAGCUUGAAGAUUAUAUUUGUAUCCAGCGCAGUGCUGCAGCUGCUGGUCACUGUGCUGGCCAUGAUACUCUAUGCCGUCUGUGAGACCAAGUUGACCUUUUGGCUGCUGCUGCUGCUCUUCGGCCUGGGCUACUCCAGUCUGCAGCUGCUGCUGCUCGAAGUCAGCGCCAUACGCUUCACCGAGCUCAUCAUCAGCAUCAGCUAUGGCCUCAAGCUGCUCAGCAUUAGCAUUGUCUACUUCUACUUUGUCUCCAAUGGCCAAAACUCGUAUUUCUAUGCCAAGGAUGAGAGCACGCUGAUGGCCCAGGGCUUUGUUUUUCUGAUUAUCACUGCGCUGCUUGCCUUGGUCGUGGGCAUGCGUCUGCCACGAACUCAUCGCACGCCGCUCCUGGAUAUCCAGUAUGAUGUCUAUGGCAUUAUCUUCAAGAAGCAUCAGAUUGAGCAGCUCAAUGUGCGCUGGCUCAACGAUGGCACCAUACCCACAAUUAGUCAAUAAUCAUGCACGCACAAUUAUAAAUAAACGUUUUUAUUUUUUUCAAUGCAAAUACGAACAAAAUUCAGUUUAUGCCUGAAAAAAAAUAUAUAUAUAUUUAAUAACCACUGUAGCUAUAAAAA